GUGUGCAGAUAGGUUAAUGCUGUAUUGCAAACAGCCCUUGUGUGUUAAUGAUUAUCCUCAAGUUAACUUUGUAUCUUAUCUCAGCCCUCUCAUUUACCAUUGAGUUUUCAUGACGGCAGCAGCUUAGAGGCAAUGUCCACUUGCCAGCCCAACUAGCCGCAGUUAUUUCAAACAUGGACAUUUCCUCCUGAAGCACUCCUGUUAAAACAACAAGAAUGGCAGUUUCACUGGCACAUAGAAUACUCUGGGCGACAGGCUAUGUAUUUGUGAUUUUACCUCACUUCAGUCUGGGAUUGUUGUCUGACUACAAGAUCUGUGGGGACUCUGAGUGUGAAAGCCUAAUGAGCAGAGUGCAGGCCACCAGGGACCACCAUGGCAAGGACUGCCGUUUCCUGAGCUUCAGACGAGGGGAGACCAUUUUUGUUUACCACAAACUGGCCGGGAAGAGAGGAGACCUCUGGGCAGGCACCAUUGACAAACAGUUUGGCUACUUCCCAAAGGAAGCGGUACGGGAGGAGCAGGUUUACGCUACUGCGGAAAAAGUAGUGGAAACACAGAAAUCUGAUUUCUUCUGCAUGGAUAAGUUUGGUUACCCCAUUGACUCCAGUCAUUUGGAUUGUGAUGGUGAUGCUGAAGAUGAUCAGAAAAACCAAGAGUCAGAAACCGCCCACACCACUCCCUACCCCGAUGACACAAGCGCCGAAAGUCCCACGACAUCGGAGGAGCCCUCUGCAGAAUCUCCAGUGUCGUCACUGGAAGCCGGCGGAACAUCGGCAGAAGAGAACGAAAGCAAGAGCGCUAGCGACGCCGCCGCCGGGACUCACGAGGGCGCGGGGGAGACUCCUGCAGCUCGGAUGGAACAAGGUGGGUCUGACCCCUCCCCCUCCUCCUGGCUCGGUGCUUCGAUGACAGGGUGGUUAGGUGCGGCAAAAGAUGAAGAAGCCGCCAGUUUGGCUGGAGGAGAGGGAAAAGACGAGAUAACAAAGACGAGGGCCGAAGCUUCUGUCGCUUCCUCCGUGACAGGAUGGUUGUGGUUUGGAAGAGAAGGGACACCUGACGAUGCUUUGAAAAGUACAGAAGAAGACACAAAAAACACAGAGUCUUUGGCGUCAACCAUGACUGGGUGGCUUGGCUUUGGAGGAGGGACGGCAGAAACGGCAGAAAAAGCGCAACAAGAAGAAAGAAAAGAUGUCGAAGAACCAGCAGAGAGAUUCAGGAGUCGACGGAUGUCUCUUGACCUGGAAGGCAGCCAAUUAAAUGAAGAGAAGCAGAAAGAGACGGGGACGUUGGAUUGGCUGGGAAGCGGACUGUCAAACACGCUGGGGUUCGGCCUGACCAAUCAGGAGUCAGGGUAUGAGGCAACGCCUGAAAGAGAGGCCAAGGAGACAAUCCAGGAAGAGGAAGUCCCGCCGGCAUCUGGCACUUGGUUGGAUAUGGGGAUCAGGGCAAUUUUAGGCUUCAAGAACGACAAGAAGGAAGUUGAUGAAAAUGCAGGAAGUGGUUUGAAGGGGACAGAAGAGGACAAAACCGGAGAACAUCCGACAGGCUCGGAAAAUGAGGAGGUAGAGACAGAGACUGGCAAUGAAUCAAAGGUGGAAGACACUCAGAAAGACCCAAAUGUCCCACUGGACGUACGAGUCAAUGCUGAAACCAACAAUAACGUGAUAGGUCCUUCGGAAAGCAGCGAGGAUCGGGUCUCACCUGCAACAUCCGAGAUCGACCGAGAAGACUUUUCUCUUCAGACCGAGUUCGAGAAAACGUCCCAGACUGAAGGUGAAAAGUACUCCAUGCUCAACAGCAGUCAGGAAGAGGAGGAAGAGAAUGCUUCAGAUGAUCGCAAGAAAAAUGAAUCUGCAAAAAAGAAGGGUAAAUAUCAUCAAAUGCCUAAAUCUUUAGAAAACGAGGUUAAUGACAGAGAAGCAGGAGGAGAGGAGAGUAAAGAUGUAAGCGGCUAUAUUCAGGAUUUUUUGACCCAGUCUAGCAUCUCUUCUGGGUCUGGUGAACCGGCUCACAGUGCGGAAACCAAUGUUGAUAGUUCAGAUUCACGGGCUAUGAUUGACAGCACAGAAACAGAGGCACCUCAGGGUGAGAUAGGACAGGAGGGGGAGGCUGGCUUUCAGGAGUUCGGAUCAUCUCGUUCUACUGACCGUAAGAAUGAAACGGCCUCAGAGGAGGACAGAAGAACGUUUUCCACCGGUGAGAGAGAACCACAGAUGGAGAACAGUGCAGAUCAGGACUCAGAGUCUCCACAUAUGCAGCAGGGGGCCACUCAAAGUGUCGGUGAUGCACACGAAGAAACGGUUAAAGAAACUGAGAGAGAGAGCGACGAAAACAACCUCCAGCCAGUUCAACCUGAGACAAUUGAGUUUGGGAAAGAGACUCAGACUAAAGAAGCAGGGUCAAAGGGAGAGGAAAAGCAGGAGGAGAUAGAACAGUCAAAGGGAGAGGAAAAGCAGGAAGAGAUAGAACAGUCAAAGGAAGAGGAAAAGCAGGAGGAGAUAGAACAGUCAAAGGGAGAGGAAAAGCAGGAAGAGAUAGAACAGUCAAAGGGAGAGGAAAAGCAGGAGGAGAUAGAACAGUCAAAGGGAGAGGUGAAACAAAAGGAUGUGAAAGAAAUGAAAAAAGAGAAGAAACAGGAAGUGAAGGAGAUAAAGGAAGUCGGGAAACAGGAGGAAGUGGAGGAGGUAAAGGAAGUCGGGAAACACAAAGAAGGGAAGGAGGUAAAAGAAGAGGAGAAACAAGAGGAAGUGGAGAAGAUAUUGGAAAUAGGGAAGCAAGAGGAAUUGAAGGAGAUAAAGGUAGAGGGGAAUCAGGAAGAAGGGUAUGAGAUAAAGAAAGAGAGAAAACAAGAGGAAGUGAAGGAGAUAUUGGAAAUAGGGAAGCAAGAGGAAUUGAAGGAGAUAAAGGUAGAGGGGAAUCAGGAAGAAGGGUAUGAGAUAAAGAAAGAGAGAAAACAAGAGGAAGUGGAAGUUAUACAGGAAGUAUGGAAACAGGAGGAAGUUAAGGAGAUGAAAGAAGUAGGGAAACAGGAAGAAGGGAAGGAGGUAAAGGAAGAGGGGAAACAAGAUGAAGUGGAGGAGAUAUUGGAAAUAUGGAAACAGGAGGAAGUGGAGGAGAUAAAGGAAGAGAGAACACAAGAGAAAGUGGAAGAGAUGCAGGAAAUAGAGGAGAUAAAGGAAGAGGGGAAACAGAAGGAAGGGAAGGAGAUAAAGGACAAGGGAAAACAAGAGGAAGUGGAAGAAAUAAAGGAAGUAUGGAAACAGGAAGACGUUAAAGAGAUGAAGGAAGUAAAGAAACAGGAGGAAGUGGAGAAGAUAAUGGAAGAGAGGAAACAAGAGGAAGUAGAGAAGAUCAAGGAAGAGGGGAAGCAAGUGGAAGUGGAGGUGAUAUUGGAAGUAGGGGAGCUGGAGGAAGUGGAGGAGAUAAUGGAAGAGGGGAAACAAGAUAAUGUAGAGAAAAUAAAGGAAGAGUGGAAGCAACAGAUAGAUGAGUCCAUAGAGGAAAGGCAGGAGGAGGGGGAAGAAUUAAAAGAAGUGAAGGAAAGGGAGGAGUUAAAGGAGGUAGAAGGAGUAAAGGAACAAGGUGAAGAAAAACAAGCGGAGUCGCAUUUUGAGGAAGAGAUGAAAAACAACCUCCGCUCUUUACGUCACGCUGAGAAAGACACGGACGGUCCAGAGAGCGACGGGAAAGACACGCGAGACACGAACAGCUCGGAACCUGUGUUCUCCAAAGCGUCCACGCGGACUGAAGAGAGUCGGCCCGAAAGCCCACCGACGGAGGACGAGGAGAGAGAGGAAGGAAAGGUCAGAGGUGAAAUGAAAGAGGAGGAGUUUGAGGAGAUGGAGAUUGUGGAGCGUUUGAGGAGGAACAGAAAUGAAGAAGAGACUCUUAAAUGUUCAAAUGACUUUUAUCCUCAAGCUAGCGUCGACGGAUCUGUGAAGAACAGAGAUGGAAAUGAUCCCGCUAAUAUAUUGAGCUCAAUAGAGGAAGAAGCAAUGGAGACAGGGAAGCAAAAUUAUCAAAUAUUAGCAGACAGGAAAGGAGCGAAUCAGCUGGUACCAAUUGAAGGUGUGGAGAAGGAUGAGGAUGGAGUACAGGUGGAGGAAGAGAAAAGUAACAAGGGGAAAAACAACUAUUUGCCUGAUUCAGGUGACAGUGUGGAUCCACUGACAACUGAGAACACAGAAGAUGAUCAGCUGCAUUCCGGUGAGGCCCACAACUCUGCGGUCGAAGACCCCGAACCCAUGAGCAACGGGGUUUCCGCUGAGAAGGAAGCAGAGCAAGUACCCUCUGAUCCUGAGACAGUAACAGGGGAGCACUCUGAUCAGGAAGAGGGGGAGUCGAACCCAGAGCACGAGGCUGAUUUCAGGAGAGACGGAGCGAUGGCGGUUCCAGUGUCGUCCGUUAACCUCGCUGUGAUGUCCGAGCAAAGCGCUCCGUCAGACGGUCGCCGCGCAGGGCCAAGUGGAGGAGCGUUCGGCCUUUUCCAAAGCGCCUUCAGCUUUUUCGGAUCACCCCUCGAAGAAACUGGCGGGUCUCAAGAGACUCCCCCAAGUUUGGGUUCUGACACAUUCACGGUACGAGGCUCUCUCCCUUCUGAGCGAGCACUGGAUUCAACCACUGAUCCGGGUCAAGAUGUGCACACUUCCCCCCAAGUCGCAGAGACCCGGACCUCCGACCCGGGGGUCCGCUUUCACCCCGCGGACAGCCCCCUCCAGACCAAAACCCCUGCCACACAUUACAAGAACCUCCUCGCCCACAUGAGCGCCGACGAGGCGACCGUUCUGGCGGAGCUCUUCGGACGACACAAGCUGCAGUUUUUGGAUUACAUGUUGGGGAGCGCGGGACCCACGAGCGGUGACCCCCACGCCGACGGCUCCAUAUUGCUGGACAUAGAACGGCUUCUGGGUCAUCACAGGGAGGCUCUGAUGGCUCCCAGCGCGAGGCUCGCGGAUGCACCGCGGGAGGACAAGGAAAAGACCGGCGCACUCGUCGCACUUCAGAAGCUCGAAACGCUGCUGGCAAGAGUGAGAGAGACGUUCAGCUCAGCCGAGGCCAGCUGUGUCGGGGAAUCCUGUUCAACUCACGACGAAGAGGAGGAGACGCCCGCUGAGGAGGAUUCCUCUGAGGGCCCGGAUGGGACCAACACUCCAAGAGAUGAAUGGACGGGGUUGGGUGAAGAGAAAGAUGGACGACCGAGUGGAAGCGCAGCAAAGGAGAGUGUGACCGAGGAUCAGGAAAGGGAAGAGGAGGGGAAAAGUAGUGAAGGAGAGAGAAUGCCCCCUGAGUCUGCAAAACCACAGCGACUGGAAGGGGUAAUGAGGCAAAUUCGGGACUUUGCUCAUCAAAUCGCCAAAAACUCAGCCGCUCAUGUUCAUGUAACGAGGGAGCGCCUGACAUGGCUCACUGUGCAGGUCGUGUCGUCACUCCCCGAAGACAUCAGACCCGGGCCGGACCUUUACGGGAUGUCAUGGGAACCAGUCAUCGUCUCCAGUCUGGUGGGGCUGGUGACGAUGCUGCUGUUCAUUUGGAGAUGUCAUAGCUCUGUCAAAAGCAAAAUGUAUCAUAGUAAAGAGCGUAGGAUGGCCGAGCAAGUGGCGGAGCUGCUGGACGAGAAGUGUGAAGUCCUUGAGACUCUCAGCAAAUGUCAACAAGAGUACGAUGACCUGGAGAGCACGCUGAGGGACAAUGGGGUCUUGGCCCAAACUCAAAAGUCAGAUCAUCUGGAGGUCCAAGCCAAACAGUUAGAACAUGCUAAAAAGGAGCUGGAUGGGGAUCUGGUGCUGCUGAAGGCUGAACUGGACCAGCAGAGGGAACGUCGGCUCGAGCAGGACAGGAGGUUAGUUUUCCUUGACGAGAGCAUGAAACCCUCUGAAGAAGAAACCAGAGACCUCCAGUCGCAAGAAGAGCAGGCACAAACCACUCUGAAGGUGUACAGCAUGAACAGCGACAGACUCGAGAGGAAUCUGGAGACGGCUGCAGAGGAGAACGCCCUGCUGCAGGAGAGCAACGCUCGGCUGAAGCAGCAGGUGGAGGGAUGGGCAGAGAGAGUGAGUGAGUUGGAGGAGGACAUGAGCAGGUGCGAGGUGGCCCACAGCACGAUGCUGCAGGAUGUGGCCAACAAGGAUGAGCGCAUAACGUCGUUGACGGAUCGGCUGCUGAGGAUGAAGGCUUGGGACUCAGACCUGGAGGAGGAGGGCGGGGAGGAAGGAGGCGAGAAGGAGACGUCCAACGGCAGAGCGGCGGCGAACAGAAAAGGGGACGCCGCGCAUGCACAGGGCCAUCUCCAGAACGUCCAGAAACUCAUCUACGCUGCGAAGUUGAACGCAGACCUCAAAUCGGUAGACGAAGACAAGGACCGGCUGUUUGCCAAGCUGAACGAUGAAGUCAAAGCAAAAGAAGACCUGCUGGUGAGCAUCAAGGAGCUGGACAACAAGAAGAUAUCUCUGCAGUCGGACUCUGAGCAGUACCAGGACCAGGUCCAAAAGUUACAACAGAAACUCCAGAUCAUGACAGAAAUGUACCAAGAGAAUGAGCUCAAGCUGCACAGGCUGCUGACGGUGGAGGAGAAGGUGCGCAUGCAGAAAGAGGAGAAGUUGACCAAAGCAGACAAAAACAUUGCGUUGGCCGUGGAGGAGCUCGGCAACUACAGACAGCGAGCGGGAGAGAUGGAGGAGGAGCUUGAGAAAACCAAACAGUCUUACCAGACUCAAAUAUCAUCACACGAGAAGAAGGCUCACAAUAACUGGCUGGCGGCCCGAGGAGCAGACCGAGAGCUCACAGACAUCAGGAGAGAGAACGCCCUCUUUAGACAGAAGCUCACAGACACACAGUUUAAACUAGACGCCCUCGACAAAGAUCUCUACGCCUUGGACAGCUUGGCUCGGCCGCUGCCCUUCAGAGCAGAAAGGUCCCCGUACGGUCCGUCUCCUCUGGGUCGACCUGCAUCUGAAACCAGAGCGUUUCUGUCUCCUCCGACGUUAAUGGACGGCCCGCCGACUCGACUGUCUCCUAGAGCGACUCGUGGUCCAAUGGAGCCCCCAGGUGGCCAAGGAGAGCUGGAGCGCAGCGGAGGUCCUCAUUCCGACAGCGGCUCCAUCUCUCCGACAUGGGAGAGAGAUCGCAGGGGCCCCCCACCAGGCCCCCCCGGACCUCCAGGCUAUAUGUUCCCAGAACCAGGAGGUCCACUGUACAGGAGACCUCCUCACGGCCCUCUUCAUCCCAGGGGUCUCCCCCCGGGUCCCCCUCACCCUUCAGACAUGGCGGAUGGCCCCUACAGAGAGAACAGCCACGGGCCCGAGGACCCCGACCACAGAGAGUCUGGUCCUGGGGAUCAAAGGACUCCCCCUGAAGCGGAUCCAAGGUUCGGGGGCGCACCCCCUCCCGGUCACCUGAUGGGCCCCAUGGGCGGCCCCUUUCCUCGUAGAGCCCCCUAUGGACCGCCACCUCCUGACUUCUACCCGCCCAGGGGACCCACGGGCCCUCCUAUGAUGCCGAUGUGGGCCCCUCCACCUCCGAGGAUGAUGCUGCCCCGUUUCCCACACGGCGGGCCUCUCGGCCCUCGCCCUCACUACGCUCCCCCGAUGCGCCCCCCGAUGCUCGACGGCCCCCCACACCCUUCCAUGGGUCCUCUCCCUCCUUGGCAGUCCGGUCCCUCCCCGCUGCACAUUCAGUCGCCAGAGGAGCACACGCCCUCGCCCGAGGACACCAUUUGAGCUUCAUCAGGUUCUUCAUCUACAGCUGCGAGGUGAUGGAUAAUGUUGAAAUCGGCGGUAGAUGGGUCGGUUGGGCAAAUGACCGCUUCCCAUCGCUCUGUUUUCUGUAAUGUCUACGUGUUAGCCCGGUGGGGGGGUGUAUCUAAUGAAGGGACGUUACCACCGGGGAAACCAUCAGCCUUCAUUAAGCCCACUUCAUUUACUCUGUCUGCUUCUGCUCUCUCUCUCUCUCUCUCUAUCGCUUGCUGUCAGUAGCAGGACCACGGUAGCUUAAUCUAUACGUGUGUGUGUGUGUGUGUGUGUGUGUGCGUCUGUGUGGAAUGCCAGACUUUUUUUAAUGUCACUCAAAGGUUGACAUGCUGUAUGUAACAGAACUAUGGUUUUCUGCGUUGCAUCAGUGAUCAUUUCAUCCCGAUGGCACUAAAGGAAAAUGGCUCCUGAUACUGUCACUAUCAUUAAACAAAGUGUACAUCAACAAAAACGAUCCAUUUAGCAUCCAUGUGGGUUUUGACCAAGUUCGGGCUUCACCUAAAUCUGAUCCCUUCAGGUCUCGUUUCGUCAGCGACUGAACUGACGUGAUCUUGAACUCUAAAUAUUCCCCGGAGGUCAAACAAGGAACUAGGAUUGAACUGAUAACCGAUCACUGAACCUGCCUGGCUGCCCCUGUGGGACUCAAAGGACUUCACCUCGUCAACAAAGCUGUCGUUUCAAACGGCAGGAGCUCAACUGUGCUUUUGAUUAAGCUACAGGGACUCGGGGUUGUGUGUGUGUGUGUGUGUGUGUGUGGCUUGAACAAAGAACAAGAAGGUGGCUCAUAGCCAGCAUGAGUCACAGAGCGGCGAGACGCACGGACGGACUUGGAGAGCCGGGAAGACGGCGGCCAUGUGAAUUUUGUAAAGAAAAAUAAUAAUUUACGGAUGAAUAAAGACUGUCAAAUUGACAACA